GGACAAUCAACAAUGAGUACAAACAGAGACCUAUCACUCCUGUCCAACCAUGCUGGUGCCAGAGAACAGGGAGCCCUGUUGCCGGCACAGGCAGCAUCCCUUCCCCGUUCAAGUCUCCUGGAAAAGGCUAGGCUUCGAGACAUCGCACUUCGUAAGUACCAAGAGGCUGCUGAUGGCGACGGUUCCAGCUACACCCAAGAUUUCGCCGUGGGCAACUCCCAGGAGUUGGACUUGUCUUUCCUGCGAUUCUCCCAGGCCUCAGGGUCACUCAUCGUACGAAGCAGCGGCUCCAGAGGCUCAGAGUCGCCGUUUUUGCGCAAAGUGCAAGACUCCUACGUGGAGUACUCCCCCAGCUCCAGGUCCGUGGAGGCGUCUAUCAGGCAGGCACAAGGCUCGAAGUCCCCCAGCAAACCUCUGACCAGCUCCCAGCACCAGCUGAAAGCCAGUGCUGAAGGCUCCAUGCCCAAAAAAUCACCCUUCUCAAAUAUCUACUCCAUCUCAGAAAACUCCAUUAACGACGAAAACGAAUCCCCAUUUAUAGAAAAGUCCCGCCCGGACAACCAGAUCAAAGUGCACAAACUACGGAGCACCAACGAGCUAACAAAACCUACUAAGUCCUCCACCAGCAACCGAACUGGAUUCUCAGCUCCUCGCCCAAUUACCCACAGCAACGCAACCCCAGACAGGAACAGGCACAACAGAAACCCCUCAGUCAAAGUCUCCCUCACGCCCGCUCAGAGGUUCGAAAAGAGACCUGGGACCAGGCUGUCCAAUGCCUUGGAAAACUUCCAAUUCUCGACCUUGAUUGGCAGGGGCGCAUACGCUUGUGUCUACAAGGGAAUCAACUUAAAAACAAGUCAGAUUGUUGCUAUCAAGCAAAUUAUUUUGGAGAAAGAUCAAGAUGUUAUGGAGUUGAUGGGAGAAAUAGAUUUGUUAAAAAUCUUAAAGCAUCCCAACAUCGUCAAGUACCACGGAUUUGUCAAAACAUCCACUUCAUUGAAUGUUUUCUUAGAAUUCUGCUCGGGUGGGUCUCUCAGACAAAUAUAUAAAAAGCAGGGUAAGGGGUUUCCAGAGCAUGAAGUGAUAGAUAUAGUGAGACUGAUCUUGCUAGGCUUAAAUUAUUUACAUCAACAGGGUGUGGUCCACAGAGACGUCAAGGCCGCCAAUGUAUUGUUAACCGAAGAAGGUGAUAUUAAAUUGGCAGAUUUCGGGGUUGCUACCAAAGUAAACUCACAGCAUCAUACCGUGGUCGGAACACCAAACUGGAUGGCUCCCGAAACCAUACUUGGAGGUGAAGGUAUCUGUACUGCCUCCGAUAUUUGGUCGCUAGGCGCCACAAUUAUCGAAUUGUUUACAACAAACCCUCCGUACCAUGAUUUGAACCCAAUGGCUACAUUACAUGCAAUUGGGACUGACGAGCACCCUCCUUUGCCAAAAAAUAUGACAUCCGUUGCAAAGGACUUCUUGUUAGAAUGCUUUCAAAAACAGCCUAACUUGAGAAUUUCAGCCAAAUUAUUAUUGAAGCAUAAAUGGUUAAACCUGUCAACAACGAAAGCCAAACCUUCCAUAAUGAAUUUGCAGCAGGCGAGAGAUCUUAAAUCAAUAAACUCGUACUCCGAAUCUAAUGAAGAAAACUGGGACAAUGAUUUUAAUGGUAAUGAGGAAAUCAAAAUACUGAAGAAGCCAGAGGCGCCAAGUGUCAUUCAAUUGGAGGAUUUGGAAGAUUUGGAAGAUUCUUUCAAGAAAACAACCACUGAAGCACCCCCAGUCAAGUAUUCCAAGUCUGAACUUCUAACAAAGUUCAGUGACCAAAACGAAAUGGAGUUCGACACAAACGACAUCAUUACUUUAAAGAUGAAAUCCAACGGCCACAACACAGACCAGGACCAUGAGGAUGAGUACGAUCCUUUCUUCGAUCUUGAUAUUGAAAACUUCGAUACUAACGAGCUCGAGAUUCAAAUCAAGAUGGAAUAUCUUAUCAAUAAAUUUUCAUCAAGACUCAACUUAUGCUACAAAGGUGGAGAUGAAUUAGCAAAGUCGCUUAUCAAGAUUACGGGAAGAAUGUUGCAUUUGGUUAAGAAGUAUCAGAUUCUGCAUUUAACCCUUAUCAAGGACCAUGGUAUUCUUUCUUUAUUGGAAGUCUUGGAGUAUACCAAAGAAUUCUCGAAGCAUCAGAAAUUGUGGUUUCAUAUCUUGUCAAUUUUGAACCACUUAUUCGAGCUCAAUCAAUCAAUUUUUGAGAACUUUUGCUUAUUAGGUGGCAUUCCUUUGAUUACACAGUUCAGAAGUCGUUCGUACGAUUUGGCGAUUAGACUUCAAGUGAUUAAAUUCAUUACACAUUUCAAGGUGUCAGAAAAGGCUUUGACAAUGCUCAUAUCAUGUGGUGGCCUUAGGGUCUUGACCAAGUUCGUGGAAGAGGAUUUUGAUUCGGUGCCAAUAUUUCCGUUGGUAUCAAUCGAGUGUAUUCACAUCAUUCUAUCGAAAGAUUUGAUCAGAUCCAAGUCAGAUUUGUGUCGAAUCUUAUCUAAGUACGGGGUUGUUAAUUGGUUUGCGGUGCUACUUAAUAAGUUGGUAAAGAUAGGAAGAGAAGGAAUCAACGAGAUCAAUCCUUCCACGGUGCAAGAAACGAUCAAUAUGCUCAUUGAGAUCAUUAGGUAUUUUGGUCAAUCAGAACCAAGGGUGAGGGCAAAUAUUUCCUCCAGCGACCUUUUCAAGUCCUUAAUCCAAGUGUACGAGUAUUUGUCAUUUAGCCACCAACUAGUGAUUAUUAAGUUUCUAAAAUCAAUGUCUUGUUUAUCAAAUGUGCUCAAGUCAUUAUACUCUGCUGAUAUCUUGUCGUUUUUGGCAUCUCAGAUCAAAAACUGUGCCCCUUCCACUGCUCAUUACAAGGAAUUUAUGAAUAUUGUGUGCCCGGUACUCUACAAUUGUUGCUACUUAAAUCAUUCUAAGGAAAUCGAGAUUGUCAAUUUAGGAUUGGUCCCUCACCUCAAAAAGCUCUCUAUGAUUAACUUGCCUUUCAAGCAAUUUGUAUUACCGAUUCUUUGUGAAUUGGUGUACUGUGACGAUGAAGUGGUGAGGCAAUCCUUAAAAGCUAACGAAGUGUUGAAUAUUUACUUUGAAUUGCUAGUUGACCCCUACUGGCAAUCCAAUUCUUUGGAUUCGAUAAUGCAUUGGUACCAGCAGGAUGGAAUGUAUAUGAAAGCGAAUAUUUCGAAGCAAAUCGACUGGUUGAUCAAAGGCUUUUUGAUAUCAAAGGUCUCCAAUUUGGAAUCCACGCUAGAGAAUUAUUUGAAACUUUUGACGCUCCACAAAGAGGUGGUGAAAUAUAUGUUGAGACCACAAAUUUACCAUGAUAUCCUCAACAAGCUUGAGAUUUAUAACAAGAAUCCGGUGAUCCAAUUGACAUUAUUGAGAAUAUUGAAGGUAUUAAUAGUCAAUGACCCUGACAUGAAGAUUCUCAGCGCCAUGAGCAUCGAAGACAUCAAGGAGUUAAUGAAGCUCAGAAGCGGGUCAGUCUUAAUCGAUGAACUAGUGCAUGAGAUUAUGAACGAGUUGGAUGAACGAAGCAUAUAAAUUUACGAACCAGAAGCAAUUUCCAUGGAGACAAUUCAUCCAAUAUUAAUUACAAUGUGGGCGAACUUGUACCUAAAAAAUCUAUCGGAGGCAUCUAAGGGAGUUUAAGGUACCUCUGAGUAUUGUCAGCCAGGUCGUACUUCAAAGCACCCGAUCCAAGCACUGGCUACACUGUAUAGUUGUAAUAGAUGUGUAUGUCACGUGAAUAAUCACGUGAAGCAUUGUAUACCUCGGCAGAUUUGUGGGGAAAAUCACCACUUCUAC